GUUGUGAAAUUUUUCUGCUCUAUCUCGUUGCGUGUAUCGGUUUUCUGUCUGGCAAUGUAUCCUGCUGAGGAUGCGAAGUACUAUCCAGUGCGUUGGUGAGCAACGAUGCUCUAAUACUAUCCUCUCGUAAAUUGCGUUGAAUAUAUCCUUCUCUCUCUAUCGUGCGGUGUGAUGUUUGCAUAAGGGUUAGCUUACUCAUGCAUAUGUACGCUCGGCUAUCGAAUGUAAAAACCGGUUUACUGUCCUGUCCUAUCUCCUCUCUCCUGAUAAUUAGUAUCGUAGUGUUAGUUCGGCGGCAACCGGUUGCUGCUAAAUCUUCUUUACACGUCGAUCGCAUCUCAAAUAGAACAAGCGAUAGUGUAUCAGACCACCUGGUUCGAUCGUGACGCAUAAGUGCUGCUUUCAAUUAUCGAUAAACGCGUUCGACGUGGCCGUUUGCCUGUUGGUGAUAAGAAGUGGUUUUAAGAUGAUCAAUCUCAAGCGUUUAGGAAAGCUUUGUGAAAAGAUCGCCGUGAUCUUUAGUGAUUUUCGUUGGUACACCAAAUCUCGCGAACCAUUUUGCGAUGGCGUCAUGUUAGGUGAUGGCAUAGUGGGAUAACUUCCGGCCAUGGGGGAAACUUAUCAGCGAGUGUUAGAUAUUACACGUUUCCUCCCGAUGUUUCUAAAGGACUGAUAAUGUCCAUGUGUAAAAACUUACAGCAGGAUGGAGAAAAAUAAAACAAGUGUUUUUUUUUUUAUUCCGCGUAAUUGGCAAAGUGCGUUUGAAGCAAUAUCAUGAAGAAAGUUGGCCCCGAUAGCGGUUGAUGAAUUUGACACAUAGUGCAGGAACGAUGGCAGUGCCCGAAUGUUAUCUGUGUUGGUAACCACGUUAUAGAUGAAAGAUUAAAAUCUCCUAACAAAAUAAUCAUAUCAUUUAAUCCGGGAACCGGUUCUUAGUGAGUGUAAUUCUUUCGUAAUUCGUAUCGGUGUCGUAUCGUGCGUAAGUGGUAGUGUAUUUGGAGCGUAGCCCGAGUGCGUUACAUUCUGCUAGUGUAUUUAGUGCGCAAUCAGAGUGCGUGGCAUUGUGGUAGUGUAUUCAGUGCGUAAGGUUCUGGUAUUGUGUGUAGUGCGUAAACCGAGUGCGUUAUAUUCUGGUAGUGAAGCGUGAGACCGUGGUGUGCGUUCCUAGCGUUAGGCUUUGAGGGCUUGGCUUGAGCGGUAGCAGGCAGCGUGAAUCUAGGUGAGUUAAUAAUCGUUUACUCAUUCAAAUUAUGGUGCUAUAUAGUAUGAUAUAGUAGUAUGGCAUUAGUUAAAAGUGUUACCGUUUCAUCAUCUGUUCUAAUGUUUUCGGUGAGUAACUAUUAACAAAGCUAUCAAUUACUAAUUCAUUUUUUUGUUUAAUGGUUUCUAAUGUUCCACCUUACCGCGUUACUUUUGAGUGGACUUCAUAAUACCUUUCGCCCAUUACUUGAUGGACUAUCGCGUACUUACUUCACGUCUUUACCAGUGGUCGGGGGACACUCAACAGUCUUGAAAUAAUAACACACAAGUUGAAUGCUUGAAUUUACGUUGCGCACUCCGAACCUGGUUCAAGGUUCCAGUUUACAUUUUACAACAGUUAUUACAACAGUUAGUUAUUUAUUGUUUUACAUAGAUUUUAGAUAAGGAUUAUCUAUUCGUUAUCUAAACUGGUUUGUUUGAUUAUUUCACGGUACGAAACGUUUCAAUUUAAAAUAUGCCUUGCUCUCACCCCUUUGGAGUUUGCUAUUUUAUGAUCUUGUAUUCAGACAUAUUCCUAACUGCCUUAUCUUUUCCCGGCUAUUGCAUUUUUAUGAUCAUUAUCCUGUUUGUACCUGCUUAACUAGGAUAUUUUAGUCCAGUCCCGUGUUUUAUGUAGGUUAUAUAGGAUUUGAAUGUUCCUCGAGUUAUGGUGCCUUGGGUGUCUACUUACUCUGCUCUGGUCCUAUUAGUUUCCGUUUGUAUUCUACAUUGUGUUCUGCUUCGUUGUUUAUGAUGUUGUGAUUGAACGUCUAUAAGAAGAGCCUGUUCUUUUUCCAUUUUUACCUAGAUGUCCUUUCUUUUUGUCGAAUUGUUCAAUUAUGUUGUUUUUUGAAGAUGUUUUUUUUUAACAUGGCAUUUAUAAACAUUUUUGUAAUGCAAUAAUUGAUUGUUGUAUAGUUGCACUGUUGUGUGACCAAAUUAACAUUUAUCUCUUGUAUUAGUGAAUCUUCAAACAUAUAUGAAUAUAUAGAUUUGAAAUAGUAGAUGGAAAGCUAAGGUUGUUUUCAUAUAUGUGUUGUGCCUUUACUAAACUACGAACGAACAAAUCCAUUUUCACAUGAAAGCAGAGAACAAAACCGCAGGAGGCCCCGUUCGUAUUUCAAACGCAAAUAUUAUUUACCGUACAUUCGCUUCUUGGGAAACGACUCCAUGCCACUGUUCUUUCUAUACCACCUUUAAGAUAACUUAAGCCACUUCACAGAUUUACCGAACAGCGAGUAGGAAGUGUGGGUAACGUUGAUAGGGGAAGGGAUAGGUUUUAACAACAACACAAAAUAACGAAAAAUUACUCGAGGUUUCCUUCAGAGAAAAUAAACGAGUAGGGAGGACAAGAAGGAAGAAUGGCAAGAAAAGCUACUCCACCGAAAACACCUCCAGGUCGUAUCGGAAAAAAUGAAUGAAAAUUGUAAAACAAGUCGGCACGCGAAAGGUGGAAUGAAAUGGAACUGUUUUCCCCGUCGAAACAACAACAGGACCUGGAAUGAAAGCACGAUAAGACCGGAAACGAACGUAACGAAGCUUUUGAAUGCGGUGCUUGGCAACGAAUAACAGUGCUUGAAAGGCGCUUGUAACAUGUUUCCGGAUCAAUUUGUAGCACUUUCCCACCUUUAAUCACUAGCCGGCUGUGUAUACGAACGGAUUUGCUGUUAAUCGAUGAAAAACGAGUAAAACUCGAGACUGAUUCUAUCCUCUUUGGAUAGCGCCAAAGUUCUUGGUUCGCAAAGAAAGGCAAAAAGAUGAUUAAAUUGGUUUUCCUAGCGAAUUUAAAUUUUAUUACGAUUUGAAUUUCAGGCUCGUCGCUAGACGUGAUAUGUUGAUUAAUUGCGGUUGGUAGAAAUGAUAAUCAAAAGUUGUGAAAUUCUAAAUAAAACCAGCACAAUUAGAUGUGGGAAGGUUUAGGGUUUAUGCAACGUUACUUCAAUUUUAAAGAAGUAAAGAAAUUAACCAAAAUAUACCAAAAUUUUUUUUCUUCGUUUUGAAUUGAAAAUCUCCACACUAACGACAUGUUGGCUUAAUUGUUGUUCUAUUAAUUUCAGCAUUCUUGCUAUUCACCCUCCCUUAAAAACGUAAAAGAAUCAGGAUCAAGGACGAAUGAUAACAAGACAGAAAACAAAUGUGUCCCCAACGAAACAUAACGAAACCGUUUCGAGCUUCUCCAUCUACCAUCGACUACUGUUGAUGCUGCGAACGAAAUUGCAUACUUUCGGCCACAAAUUAUUAUCCUACAAACGUCCUUUUACAAACGAAAAUAGCAAACGGGAGUGAAAAAACUCAUUUCCAUUCCGAGAAUGAAAAAGAAGCAAUACGGGUGAUCUUUCCCUCCCUAUCGUACGUUAAGAUUUGCGUCGCGUAUCCCACCGAAACACCAACGCCACGAAGCCAGCAGGCGGAAGUGAAAAACGUUUUCAGAACCUAUAAGAAAAUGGUUCAUUGUUUCAAUUGUUGAUUCCAAAAUGGUUGGUUGCAAAAAGCGAAUCAGAGAACGGGCAGCGUGGACCAACCAUGACUACAUGUCCUUUACCAUUGCUGGUGUAUGUGUGUUUCUUUAUUUUUGCGCCACAAUAAAUGGCUCUGCUUUGUUUCGUUUUGGAGAUUGGUUCAAUCACUCGAGUUUCGUUUUUCGAGUUAUUCGUUGUUUUGUACCAUUAUUUUAGUUCUCAAUGAUUUCCGCUACUUCAAUCAUGAGGAAUCAGGUGGUUGAAAAAUCAAAAAGACAACUAGUUUAAAGUUUGGAGCUUUUGCUCAAAAUCUUAUAUUGAUUAUUUUACACAUUUGACAGAGUUGUUUUUUUGAUUAAAAGUUGAUAGUAUUUGUUUGCGCUUGACUUUUUUUUUAUUGGAAAUAUAUUCACUUUAUAUUAUUAUUCUUAAUUAAAUUAAACUUUGUUAACGAUUCAACAAGAAACAGAGUUUUAACUAACGGUUUACGCUCUACAGUAUUAUAGACUUUCUGCUGCAAACUAGAGUUCCAAAAACAUUUUCGGAAUCAGACAAAGAUUCACUAAACAACCCAACACAUUAAAGUUGUCUCAGUCAUAUUCUCUCAAUUCCUUCAUGGACAUGUAACAAACGUUACUGAAGGGAAAACAAAGACGAAACAGAAAUAACUCAAUUCGAAAGCUAAUUACUCACGAACAAACGGCUAAGCUUACGAUUGCAGCACAACUUUCCUUCCCAACUUUUCAAUUCUCUGCAGAAACCAAUUCAAGCAGCACCAAACACUAACCAGCCAACAACAACAACAAAACAGUCAUUCUCUUCAAAGCACAUUUUCCUUCUAAGGGAUGUAUAAAAAAAUCCAAUACCAAUCCAUACGGAUCGACGUUUUUGCGGAUAUUCUACUGCACGCAGAUUCACGUACUAAAAAAAAGGUACCACCACACCUGUCCAGAAUGCCGGAGGAAAAGUAAGCGUCUGAUUGAAGCUGGCGAUCACACACUUCCACAUACAUCCAAUAUACUUUUCUUUCGACGUUUGAAAACGGAAACACUCACAUACGGAACGGAAAAGCGAACCUGAAGCCGGUGAAGAAUUAAUUUGGAAUUUUUCAAAUUAAUUACUUAUUCAACGAGCGUCGCAUGAUCGGCGUAUGUUACAUUGUCCCGUGUAAAACACGCCAAAAAGGACUGCAGAAAGAAGAGCGAGAAUAGGGAAAAGGCAUCACCUUCAAGGUAGAAAACGGUGGCACGGUGUUAUGGUGGCCGUGCGUUGUAACGCCGUAUCAUCGAUUGGUCGUUUACUUUUCUCCCUGACCACGUGUUUUAUUUCACUUUUGGAAGGCGUCUCACGUCUCAGUUCACGUUCCAACCCUAGCUCAGAUGUCCACGUAACGGUGCAUAAUGUAUGCGUCGGUCAUUUUACAACGCAUUCGUUGCCCUUUUUUGCACUAUGUAUGUUGAAAGGCCGGUUUGUGUUACGAAAUGGGAUUUAACACAAAGGAUCAAGCGAUAGUGGCCGGAUAUCAGCCGCUACGAAUUAUGCACCGCAACUACAACACCAGUAGUUGACAAAAAAAAAACAAUCUCUACCAUAAAAAAUGUUUUGGUGUCUACCGACCAAACAGAGUCGUCUGAAUACGAACCCGUGCCACCAUUCCGGAGUCGGGAUUUCAAUUUGUGCAGUUUGUUGAAUUCAAUUUAUUUUAUCAAACCUCAUCUUUCCACUUUUGUGUCGUGGACGUGUUCGAUGUGUGGGGCUCGUGGGACUCGCAGCAAUUGGAUCCGUUUUGGUCCGUAAAAUCAUGCAUCACCCAGCACGGUUGUUUCGUACUUUUAUUUGGCUUAAAAUGAGCUUCGGGCUUUCGCGCGAGCUCCUAUUUGUUGACUGAUUCCGCUGAUUCUCAUAGUCAAUGAAGCCAACACGAAAUCGUGGUUUCGAACACACGUAGAAAUCACUGUGAAAAGGGUUGAGCAUUCAAUGUCCAGCUCAAGCAAAAAGUCACCCUGUUUUGAGUAUGAGAAGGUAACCACUUCUAACCAAGGUAACCAGAAGGUAACAGAAAGUAACAACCAAAAUCAAUGACUUCGUGUUGACGCACGGGCAAGUGGACGGAAUUUUGAAAGAAAAAAAAGUAGGAAUGUCAUUCCCACUACCGUUAUAUAUUUAAACUUUUGACAUUGUUAGCCUCAAUAUAGUUUCACUAAAAGUAAAACUCCUCAAUCCAACCAGACUAAUAUAGAAGUAUGCGAAGAUUUCGUAGAGAAUUAAUAGAAUUUCACAAUUAUCAACAUGAUAACAUGAUUUCUUUAUUCCCCAAAAACUGGAUAUAUAUUCGCAAUAUUUGUACUAAUUGACUGUAACAUUAUUUUUUGUACUUAUUUUCUUUAAACCAUACAAAAAUUCAUGCUUUAUUAAUAACUACUUUACUUUACUAAUAAUAGUCAUUCAGUUGCAUUAAAUAGCAAUAUCUAUUUGAUUUCAUAUAACACGUAGUCAUAAGAUUUUUAAAUAGCUUGUAAACAGCGUAAGAGCUUCAGAAUGUAUUUCCCUGCAUGGGUAAGAUUGAAGAGAAAAAAAACACACGCCACCUAGUGGCAGCAUAGCUGUUCCAUAACUUGUGUUCAAGUCACAACUUGUACGGAGCAUAACUUUAAUACAACUUUUACCGCUCAGCAUACUUGCGUGCAAGUACGAUGCGCAUAAAAGUGUUCAGAAAUUCCUGGAACUUUUCAUUCUUUAAAAGUGCACAAUGUAUAAUGCAAGAAAAUGUUGCAGUUGCAAGUGCAUGCUGCAGUUGAUCGAUUGCCACGGUUGCAUCCCGCAUAAUGCAAUUUGAUAAAAAUUAUGGCAAAUUUUUGAUUUGUAUGGUUCACUCGAACCUACCUUACGUGUGUAAUUAUGAAAUAUUUUCCAGUUUUAUUCAAUCAAGUAUGAGCAGUACCUCAUUUAAUGUAAAAUUCUGUUUAAAAUCGUUUAAAACGUGAUUUUUUCUUUCAUAAUGCAAGUUUUCAAGACCCUCAUGUUUGCUACGAAGCUAUCCCUAGCACAUAUUGCAAAACUAAAGCACAGCAAGAUAAAUAGUAACAUGUUUCGGCAAAAAUGUAAAAAAAUGUGCCCCAUGCCAGCGUUCCAGAAAACUUUUCCGUUUCAUUUUGUGUUUGUGUCGCUAGACGGAAAGAAGUAAACUAAAGAUUUCUUUCAACCACCGGUGCUAGAUAGCUUUCACUCAAACAAACCUUGACAGUUAAGCUAAUGCUUGGCCAGUAAAUCCUCGCCCAACUGCGGUUACAUUCCUUUUCACUGAUUUAUCAUAUGAGCAAACAAAAGCACCUGAAUGGUUUGACUGCAAGAAAACUUGCGAAAACUACUUCAAAGUCCAAGACACUCUUAAAAUCGUCAAAAUUUUGUUUGUUUUUAGUGCUCGAAGGAUAACCUCAGACGCUCUCUAAUUUCUCAGCUUCCUUUCUCUUGCUUGGUGUAUUAAGGAAAGAUUAGCAGUAAUAGUUGGUGGGUUAUAUUUGUGGCAAAGUUACCGAAAAAGGUGCUUCUUCCCCAAAGCUGCCGACCGGUGACAGUUUCGGUUUGUUGAAUCGGGAACUGGAACUUCUACCCGAUCUAUUCGUAGAUGAAACUUUUAUUCAGUUCUGAUUCAUUGCCGAUGCUUCUGUUCUUUUUACUUCUUCCUCUAACAAACCUUCUGACCAGCACGAACUUUCUUUGACGCGGUGCUUUUAUCCCUGUUCUUGAACCACACAGUUUCCUUUAACGCGAAAAAUCGGAUGAGUAAGUGGGAAAGUUUGCUUUCCUCUCAUUUUUUCAUUUGCUCUGAUGACUGUGCAAAUGAUAACUCCGGAUGACAUUUAUUAAAUUUAACUUUUAAUUAUAUGUAAAUUUCCUACUUGUGAUGAAAAGCGAAUUUACAGCCAGCCUUCCGGUGCAGCGAGGAAAUAACUGUGUGAAAAUGUCCAGUGGUUUACUGCCUUUCCAGUUUCGGUAUAGCUGAUAAUCCACUUUGCUGUACGAAUUUCGAUUAUGCUAAUGCGUGUGGAAGAAAAAUAGUUUCCUUCACCCGCCAUUACGAUAAGGUAAUGGAAAACAUUCCGCGAUUGCGUUUUGAUUGCGGCUCUUGUUUUCGAUUGUGAAGAAUAAUCAGUUUGCGUAACCAUCAUCGGUAAGGAAAACACUGUUUAUCCAAUGUUUUCGCUAAAAUGAACAGCUGAAAUUUGUAACGUUAUCGUUAUUCGUAUGGACUGGAGUAUGACUUACAAAUUUUUAUGGAUGCCAUUUGUAAAUUUUUUUGUAUAGUUUUUCACAAAAAAUCAUUGAUUUUAGACUUGCUGUGCACUAUCACCCUUCAAUGUAUUUUGCAUCGGAGGUACAUUUCAUCGUUUUCCCAAAAGGCGUAUAAAAUCAUUACCGGUCUAUUCGUACGCUAUCGAAACGAACAAAUUGCUGGUGAUUGUGCUGUGCUCCCGCUGUCGCCAACAUUGUUCCAAGGUGCUAAUGAUCGCCAUCACCAACAAGCAAGGCAUGGACGUUUCAGUGUAAUAUUCUCGCUCGCGAACGUAAGACCAUUUAGAAGAUAAUGAACCACCUGUUAGUGAUACUUUUCUGGCAUUGUUCCUAAAGGUAGGGUUUUCGUAAGGUUCAGUUAUAGUGUAACAAUUAUUCGUCAACCAUCUCGGGAUGGUACUGUCAUUUAGGGACCAAUUUCCAUAGUAGUCUAAUGGAUGUACAUUGUGUUUCGUGUGAAAUACGGUGCUUGAGAAGGUUUAUGAUGGAUGCUGACAGUUAGAAGUAGCUAGGAAAAAAGGAUUUCAAAGUACAAUUACUACAGAGGACGGUUAUUGCAAUGGAAAUUUGUUAUUUUUGGACCAUUUUAUGAAGUUUACUUUAGGCUUUUUAAAAAGAGGGAUAAUUAUGAUUAAUAGUUCGUUCAUAGUAGUGACUGUUAUGUUUUUAGGAGUUCCGGCUGCAAUCCCAUUUUGUUCGAUCCUUGGACGAAAUUUGUAUUCCUUUGACGUGAUCUAAUCUACAUUGAACUUCAGAUCCCAAACUGUUGUUUACGCUUUUUAACAAUGUGUUUGGAAUUAAUACAAUAAUAAUUUGCUAUCGAAAUUAAAAAUCACACAAAAUGGCAACGAGAAGAAGAAUCUCAAUGUUGGCAUUUUGCAUGAAGAAACCCGUAUUAACCGACAAUAAGAAAUGGAAUGGAGGAUGCCGGACUCAAGCCCCACCAGGAAGGUGCUCGUCAGCGAUCCGUUCGGCACAAGGCGGCUCGUUGGCUGGAUCAAGUGGAGUCAAACCUGUCGGAGAUCGGAUGCAGCCGUGGAUGGAGGACUGCAGCCCUGGACCGAGUUACCUGGAAACGGAUUGGCGACCAGGCCAUGUCUUCGCGACGUGCUCGACCGUGAGCAGGCCACAAAAGAAGAAGAAGAAGAAAAAAUGGAAUGAAAGAUAAUUUAGUGCUCAUCGGUCAUAUAGUUCUUAUCCCAUUCUCAUCCUUCUUCCUUCAUAUUUCAUCUACCAUUCAAAAUGGUACAGAUAUGGGUGGUUUUUAAUUACCACCUCCGGCGAGGAAAAUUGUCACACAAAUGUAUUGGAAAACAAUCAGCCUCAAACGGUCUUUGCAAGGCACAAAAUAUGCACAUCAAUUACGCAAAUUAAUCUAAUCAAAUAAGCCCACCGCUUGUGACGAGCGUUAACCACAAUGGUUCAUUUUAAAUACCAAGGCGAAGAAAAACCUCAUCCGAACAGGAAACCGUUCGUUUGGGUUUUCUGCUGCGCGGUAAUUGAAACCGAAAGCGAGAAAAAGACAAAACCACACACUUUAAUUGCAUUAACCGGAAUCAAAGGGCGGAGAAGGAGACAAUGAAACAAUCGAGACCGGAAUUGGGUUGUGCAAAGAAAAGUGGCUCAAUUCGUCGUCGGCAAUGUCACUCGGUGAUUUUCCGCCGGUAGCCAUUUCGCAUCCUACGGGGAAUGAAAGAAAAACACCUGAAUCAACUGAAAUAAAAUUUUCGGCCCUAGGUAAAACCCGUCCGGCAAGCCUACCGAAGCUUGAGUAAACAAUUAUUCAAACAGGCAAGUACCGUAAACUGGACGCUGUAGGCGAAUUUUCCCCACCCACUGUUAGCUUUUGCUGUUGGAGUUUUAGGACGGAAACCGCCUUUCAGGCAACCAUAUGCAAGACAAACUGGCCUGAUUUUCUUUCUUCGAAAGUUUGUAGCUUACUUUCCAGUUCCUGGUGCGGUUUUCCUUCGGGGGUUGGCACGGUUUUUGGCCAGGUUUGUCUAUGCCUACAGGAUAGUAUUCCACAUAGGAUUUAAUCACAAACAGCGCUUAUGCAGUACAUCCUCUAAAUUGGCUAAAUGUUAAAGUCGCAUCGAAUGAGGUGGAUAACAAGGGGGAAAAACAAUCCAAUUGGAAUAAAAUGCACGUCGUAGAGCAUAAGACGAAGCGUCACUCACCCUAACCGAAGGGGGAAAAAACGAUGAAUGUUUAGAUUAAUUUAAUUGCAUUGUCCUUUCGUCGCGUUGCACCUUAAAGCAAGCGAAUUAUCUCGUGAAAAAUACCAUUAUGAAAAUGCUACCAAACUGCUGCUACCAUAAACUGUCUUGUUAUUUCCUUUUCAAUUGGCGAUAAGUAUGCCAGAUGAUCGGCACAGUGUUCAAUACGCGCAUUAGAUAUAGGUGUGGAUGAUGACCAACCGACAACUUAAUUUUCCUUAGUUCCAUAUCCUUCAGCGUGAUGCUGUUGCGGAAAUGGGACCAUUAAUCAGUGGUUUAUUUUGUAACAGCUAUUGCUAGCUCGUCGAUGCACUGGUGCUAAUUCGUAAAUUAUGUAAAUUUAAUAGAUCCUGCCACAUUGCUACCAUUAACAAGCGCAUGUAAUGGUUGGUUUCUUCGCUGAUGUUGCCAUCUGAACGUGGCGUUGAGUGUGCGAGGUAGGUGUAUUAAAACACUAAUUAUGAUAAUCUAAUCGAUGAAGCCCGGAUACGAUCUCUAAACUGCAGAACCAUUUCCCGAGCUAGCAACACUUAUAGAAAACAUUGCAAAUUGAUCAAUUCUGAUACAAUGAAAUGAGAGCCCAUACUAUGCACGUUUUUGUAUAAUAACUAUAUAUUUGUUGCUUUUUUCUUUGAAAUAUUUUUAUGUUAUGUACUGACGGGAAACUUAGAUAAACACCAUAGACUGCCUGUCUUAAAUUUAUUACCUAUAUUACACGUUCUGCAUGAGGCUUUCGAAUAGUUUUAUUGAAUAAAAAAUAAAAAAAAUAUUUUUCUUCUUUCACUAAUCCUUUAAUAUUUGCCUUUCUAUUGUCAACACCAUAUUUUAGUCACUUAUGUUAAAUUUACGAAGUGAUCAUUUAUGACAGCAUUCGUUAAAACACAUUCCCCUCAUAAGGAGGAAAGGCAUCAGAAAUAAUUGUUGAAAUGAAAAAGAAUGGAUGGCUCUAUUUUCUCCCAACAAUAAACACCUUAAAGAGACUCCCGCUGCUUUUAGUUGGCGUAGAUCAAUGGCUCUAUGAAACUUAGAGGGAAACAAGCAAGCACUUUUUAAACAAGGGUGCGAACAGGCUGUUUCUUUUCUGGUUCAUCUCUCAUUCGCGAUUGAGGUAACAUUAGUGCUAUUAAUGCUGUGUGUUUGCAGCCUGCGGUAAAGAAGGGAUGUUGCAGCUUCUAUGGAAAAAUGAAUCUUGACGUGGCGUACCAUCUGUCAUCCUCAUGUGUAUCUCAUGUGCAAUUCAUAACGUUGGCAUUGGCCUUCUAACUAUCCGAGCAAGGCUACACGGGACUAAGAUAACCUAAAAACUAUUCUUAAAACCCACCCACUUUCGAUUCGGCUGUAGGAAAGCAAUUGCUCUUUCUGGCGCCAGUCACAAACUAAAAGGAGGGAGAAUAAGAGAUCGUCUGAGUUAAAACAGCAACUGAAACGUGUUGGAUAGGAUCGAACUAAGCGAUGAUAAUUUAAUUGAGAACCCCAUGAAAAGAGAGACACGUUUCUUGUUGAGGAAUAACCCAACGGAAAUAAGCACAGUGCAGUUUAAUCAUCGGGCAAUGCAUGGCUUUCAGUUGUGUCAGCUUCCAUCAGAGACAAAAUGACAAAUCACUUCGGUGCGUACUGGUUUUGUUUGGGUGUUAUAAAUAAACGGCGUUGUGAUUCAAAAAUAACAUAAAAUGAGUGCAGAAAUGCAUCAGUAUCUAUGUAAGAACUAAAUCGAUGAGUAAUCAAGCAGUGAUGCAAACGGUUGAGUGCUGCUUUGGAGGAUAUGUUGUAUAACUUUUAACAGUCUUUUUGGGAAACAUAUAAAUAAACAUUUGAGAAGUUCAAAUGACUCACGACGUUUUACUCUACUUCACUUCUACUGAAUUUUUUAUUCAUUAAUUAUUUCCAGUGCACUCACAACCAAACAAAAGGUCAAUUUAAACAUUUGUUUUUGUCUCGUCUGUAGAGGGAAACUAUUUACCAGUCAAUCACAUUAUUUACGUUCAAUUUACAUCCUCAUUGACUUGGUCGAUGGUUCGCAGGGACUAAAUACGGAAGACGCGCAGUGCACGACAGUCGUUGCAUAAUUAUUAUUAUUCGAAACUACCCUCCCUGGUGCCAUUCCACUCGUGCCGAUAUGACUCUGGAAGAUACUGGUGUUAAAUUGAAAAUUACUUUCACCAUAAAGAAUACGACCAAUACGAGCAAUCAAUCACCAUUAGCACACAGUGAACGAAACCAUCAUCAUCAGUCCCAGGAAGAGGUCGUCAUCUUCCCUUCAGUGGGUGUGAAAUAUGCAUUCUUGCCCUCUCAUGCAACACCCAAUACUCAAUACAAGCGUUCACGCAUCGAAGAGAAAUACAGCACAAUGGUGAAUGGUGAUGAUUCUUUAUUUACACAUACAUUUAUUGCAUUCUCGUGGUUUUUCAAUAUAUUCUGUUCACGCUAUUAACAAUUAUGAAACCGUUGGUUGACACGUUCGUUAAUGUAGGCAUGAGCUUGGUAUUGUGCUGUUAAUAAUGUACUGACCAAAGUAGGUGAAAUAGGACCCUACAUAGCUAUAGAGUUAUGAAGAAAAAAGUAAAUUAUUAUGAUUUUUUUUUCUAUGUUAUUAUUAUUUUAUUUUAUUUUCUAAAAUUAUUUUUCAAUUGUUAAAAUAUUCCAUUUAUAAUAUAAUUUAUGAAGCAUCAAUAAUCAUGAUUUCCUGUAUUUAUCUCCACAACUUCCAGUUUAUUUUUUGCUACGAUUGGGAAUCGUUUUUCCAAGUAUUUGUUAAAAGAUAUGUCCCAGUGCUUUGUCAUCUACAAAAACAGCCCAUCCAACGUUUAUGAUACGGAAUUUAAAGUCUUUUCAAAUACAUAUUCAUUGCUCUAAACAUCCUCUAACCGUUCUGAACGCAUCAUCUAGGCAUCUUACCUUUGGCAAGAGUUUAAAUCACCAUCUUAUCCAACUUUAACGCUUGCAACUGACCACUUUGGGAUUCGGUUUACCCAACUGCAGCUGCAUCAACACGUAACGGGAUGAAACGAACCGUUUGCAGAUUUGCAUGCCCCAUCUUCGUUUCCAUUUCCCUACUUUCGUUUCUCUAAACGAUGCUCAACAGGGAUUGCAUGCCUUUUUUCCUUAUUGCCGUCUGGAACGUAGAAUGAAGCCGGUUGCCGGUUCUUGUUGCACCGGAGAAUCAAAUAUUUGCGUGGUUCAAUAUUUAUGAAGACAUUAAUUUCGAGAAUCUCGUUCCCAUCGUGCCAUUAGGUGGAAAUGAAAGAAGGUGACAAACAAUACGGUCACGGUGUCUUCAUAUCUACGCCUUUCCCUCGAUACAAGUGAUCCUGUGGGGAACAGAAAGUUCCUUUUUGAACCGAGCAAAAACCGGACACAAAUAUUGACCGCAGACAAAUGUUUAUGUCAUGACGCAAUUUAAUGAAAGAGUUAUCUGCUUUACGUAAAGAGAAAAUCUUUCCCGAUGAACGGGACGUGUAAAUGAUCCUGCUUGAACGCAUCAUUAUGAAGCAGCAGAACGCAUUAAAUGACCAUCUCAAACAACGGGGAAGGACUUUUUGAAUAAUGACCCUCGAUUUAGUGUUAAUUGAAAAGCAAAAGCGGACAGAAGAAAGGGAACAAAAUACGCCAAAACCACACCGUUACGAAAGGGUGUAGCCGGGGUUGAUUUUACUCCAGACUAGAAUGAGCAAUUCUUCACGACGGUGUCGUUUUACACGAAGGGAUCCUGUCAGGAUCCAUGGUAUUUUUUUAUAACAUAAUCCGAUUACGCCGAGCUCGGUUGGUUGGUUUUAGUUUUUUGUUUCCUUCACGAUGCGAUUUCAAUUGACAUUGCAAGGAAGGAUAUAUUCUCGGAAAGGGAAUUUUCAUUUUACGGAUGUGGUGCUUAUUCAAUUCAAUUAAGAUGUACAAUUAUUUUGCUGGCAUGUUUGAUUGAGAAUGAGGAAAAGGAUUUUGGGAAAAUGUUAAAUUAUUCUUGAGAAACACCCAUAUUGUUGUGUGUUCAAAGGGGACUAAAAUCAUUUUUAAAUUGGCAGUUUCAUAUCAUAAGAUUUCCUUCUACACAGCAUAGAAAAUAAGAUUUCACUUGUCGCUUUUAGAUUUGGUAUACUUUUUGUUUUCCGUUAUAAUCUUUAUCAUUUGCGUAUUCCCUUUUACCAAGUAACUCUCCGCAUCUCGCUGAUAUUUUUGUGUGUUUGUCUGGAUGUGAAUCUCCAAGAUUAUGACUGUUAUUCAUCACCGUCAACAAAUAUUGCUCUAUAUGUACAUAUAAUAUAUGAGAACAGACAUUACAUCGCGUCUUAUACAUUCCUUCUUGAAAAUUUUAACAUAAAAUUUCAAUAAAACCGCCUUUGCGUUUGUCAGAUAUUGUUCUCAGCGUGUACAUAUAGACCUUUAAACGGUUUACCAAGUAAGCAAAUGAAAUAUUACGGAUCAAUCUCUAAGUCAAAGCUGUGGCCUAGCUUUUGUAGUAUUAACAGCGACGUAAUACUCGGUUUUCUCAAUCCUAUCUUACUAGCGAGCUUUUCCCAUGUUUACACCAGCAUGAAGCGUAGGGAAUCCGCAUCCAAUGCUGAACGGGUUCCGUAACUACCGAUGAUAGUUUUUUCAAAGCGCUCUGUCUUGCCUGUUAUGUUUUGGUUAAGCUUUUUCGUUUUUGCGAGGAUAACAGCAUCACCCACUUGAGCGCAAAACAUCAAAGAGAAAAAAGCCACACACUGCGGCUAUAGAUGUGGUUGAGAUUGAAUUCGACAGCAAUAUGCAUUAUGCUUCGGUGCGGGUGUGAUGAUAAACCUAUUUACAAACAUUGUUGUUUUUUCUUCAUGGAAAUUGUUCAUUUUUAUUAUUUAACGUAUUAUUUAAACAUAUCUCAUAAAAUCAUAUUAUUUCAAACGAUUCAUACAAAUUUUUAAAUCGAAAAAGCCGCUUAGAUGCUGUGCCCUUUUGAUAGAUGUCACUGUUUGAAGAAUUUUCAACUAAGAAGCUGCAAAACAUUAUGAUCCUAUCUGCCGGAUAUGCAAUAGGAUCACUUUAAUCCCAUAAUGUCAGCAGUCCCUUUGUCCAUGUUAGGUCUAGAGAUUCCUCUGUACGUUCGAAAUCCUUUUUUGUGCUAAGAUUGAGCUUAUGUUCUUCGAUGAAGAUUGGAAGGAUCUAUCUUGUGUGGAGCAAACGAAGAGCAGGAAAAUAUAUUCAUACCGACACACCAACCAUGGUUAGGGAGGCUCCAAUUUCCGGUACUCGGGAUCAAAAAGGGGUCCAUAACGGAGCCGCUUCGAUCUGCCAGAGAAAAAGAUGUAUGGUGUACAAGAAGAAUUUGUUUGAUUUUUCAUUAUUUAUGUAAACCGUAAGAAGCGUUGAAAAUGGCGGAAGUGAAUGCAAAAAUUAAACAAUAUAGUUGCUUCUCUGUGCAACAUGGUGCUUGUUCACAGUGAAUUUUUUUUUGGCAAUCUUCUCAUUGCGCUAUUGAUUGUAGCCUUGUUUGAUGAUGCAUAACAAUGCUAUAACUGUUACUAUGUAUGUUUCAUUUUUUUACAUUACCUUCCUAAGAAAUAUCAAAGAAGCUGGAAUGACUUGUUCUUUUAAUUUGAUAAAAAAGCAAUAAACGAAAGAAUGUUUUUCCUUAUCCUGUGAAAGCGAGAAACGCGUACCUUUAUAUACGCGUUACAGUGCCGUGUUGGGCAGUUACAACAGUUUUCCUUUAUCGUAAUGAUGAUGAUGCUUACAGUGAGGAUAUGUAGUGAGUGCCUCGGAAAAUAACCUAGCAAAGAAAUACGAAGCAAGUGCAUUAUUUUCAUUGCUCACUGAUACUUCCAGUUUUAUGCGUCGCUAUUGUGAAAGAGAGUGUUCGCUCGAUAGCUGCUAGAAGCAUUCCAUUAGUGAAUUCCGGUAAAAUGGGAAAGAGAUGCAACAGUACAAGGGAGGUAACAUUUUCCAAUGGUGAUGUUAAAAAAAUUAGCAAUAACAAAGGUACAAAGUGGGAAGAAAAAAAAGAAAGCAUGCAAACCUUUACACAUCUUUCCUGUUUCAUAUGGUUGAACUCAGGAUAUUGUUUUUUUUUCGAGAAGGGGAAAGAAUUAUCCUCAAGAUGGAGCUUUAACGUAAGUUUGCAUUGUGAACUGUAAAGUCCGAUAAGAAAAGCAAUGAAUAUUCGUAUUACAGACCGCCCAAAAAUCACAGCAGUGAAGUGAUGCAUUUAAUGAAGGCAUUUUACUGGCAGUGCCAUUUCUUGAGUAUGGUUGCACACUAAACGAACUUGAGUGCAAUGUUCCAUUUAAAUGAUUAUGUUUUAUUAUCAUUUAACUGAAGUGAUUAUGACAUACAUUAAUUGAGGUAACUAAUACUACAAGAUGAGUAGUUUUUAUUCAUAAAUUGAUUGUGGUUUAUUACAUAUAUUUUUUUCUAUUCAAUUAUUUAAUGAAAUUCCAGUUCAGAGUAGAAAUGUCUUUCAACCAAAGAAAAUUUUACCCUAGUUCAACUUUUUAAUACUUUCAAGGCAGUAUUGUUUACCGAUCUUUAUGAAAAAAUAAUAUUAAAUUCUUUAAUUGUGUUGUCCAAUUCAAAACACUAAAUGAAACAUUUUUAAGAUUCAUAGUAUUCUAUAUUGAAUUUUAAGUAUGUUUAAGCUGCCAUACAAAGUUCAAUCAUUGUUUUUCACGAUCAACGUUCUUCAGAAGUGUCCUUGACCCACGUGAACGAUAAAGAUCUAGAUACAAAAAAAAAACACAAAACCUCCCUGAUUUUAAUUGGACGAAAUUGCGACCAGUUUAGUUUUGGUUGCAUUCGGAUUUACGAAUCUGAUCGAAUUUACGGAUUUACGAAAUCCUUUAUGUUUCUUUUCAUAUCAUAGUGAAGAGCUUAAACGCAUCACUUCUGUAUUAAUCUAGUUAAACUGCUUCUUUUUUGUAGCCAAAAACUGAAGAAAUCAUUGUAUUCGCAUCAAAUUUAGAUGCCUUUUCUAGCUGAAUUAAGCCACGUGUCCGUUUUCCCUGAAAAUAGCAGGAAAACGGAAAAAAGCAAGUGACAAUGCUAAUGUAAAUAAUGUUGGUUCAGAAUUGAUUCGCACCCGUCGCUUUUUUGCACUUUAUGCUGCUUGCUCCCUUCCUUCCGAUAAUCGGUGAUUGAUGAAAAGGUUAUGAUUGUGCAAUGGAAUAAAAUGGUUGUGGAAUAUAUGUAGAGCAAUAACGUGGAGAAAAUGAACUAUAAUGGAAAGGAAUCAAAAGAAAAACGGUAAUUCAUUAGAAUGAUUGUAUUUCUGUUAGGGUGUUUUUCUAACUAGAAUACAUAAAUACCCUAUUCUUCUAUCGCUCAGACAUUUAAUGUAAUUACCCUUUUACUCUAUUCAAUAAUUUGUUUCCAUUUCACACUUUAUUGCCCCGUAGGCCAUAGAAGACUAAAAUGUUGCCACCCACAACCAUUGAAGGUCGAAUGUGCAUCCUUUUAUUUGCCUGACUCAUGUUUAACUCCUCUAGUUAGGAGCGAUCCCUGGCUGUGGAUAAAGAAGCGAAAGGAAUUAUAAUUAUGAUCUUUAUUUAUUCAAAUUACUCACAUUUUUGGUAUUUUCCCUUUUUACCAGGAUGCUCUGGCUUUGUAGUGAAAAAAGAAUAUCCAAAAACUGCACAACAGUAACAUUUCGUCAAAAAUGAAAAACAAGCCUACGGUAGGACAGCCCUUGAAGGGAAAGAAUUAAAUGGGGAAAAUUGAAAUGCAGAGUUAGGAAUGCGAUCAAACAAUUUUAUCCUACCCUCCUUGACGUUAGGAGUCGUUCUUUCACAUUCUUCUUCGGUUGAUAAACAAAAGCUGGACCCCUCCUGUGGAUCAUGGAGUUUUCCCCGAGAAUUAUUAUAAUAAUGCACAUUACCAUGCCUUUCUCGUUUAUCGCCCUUUCCACUGACAAGGGCAACGUUCACCGUGUGUGCCACGACCCGAUGACAAUAAAAAUUAUCUAUUGUCGAGUGGCUGUUGUCUCCGGUUCGGUUCACGAUUUGUGCCCUUUUUUAUUUUUCUCGAACCACCGGAAGUUGUACGACCGUGCGUGCGGCAACUUCCGUAGCUAAUCCCCGUUUACGUUACGCCGUGCCUGGAAAACUGUGGAGUCCUAGGUGACUUUCCACCAGUAUGCCGUAAUUUUUCAUUUGCGUAAUGUGGCCUCCAUGGAACAGUGACAUCAAAUGUCGUAGUGCUGUUCUAUCUGCGAAACAGGAAGUGUUCGGAUGCAAUGGAUUUAUACGAAACGUGGAACUAUUUUUGUGCUUGUAGUUAGCGGAUUACCGCGAAGCGUCUGCAUCAUUAUCAUCGAUAUCCUAGGUAUCCAUUGAAAACUGAUUCUAAUUUCCAAUCGAUAUGGUACAAUGGCUUGUACCUUAGGAAUUUCCAUUCGAUCAGCUUAUUUGAGCUAAUGUGAAAGAAAUAAAAGAUUUUACUAAAGCUAUGACAUUAUAAAAUGACGUGGCUUAUCUUUUAUCAUGUUUAUGAAUGCUAUGGAGCCGCAAUUUUAAACAACAACUAUUUUUGUAAAUCUGUUAUGAUGUUUGUUCGAUAGUUCAGCUUAAUUUGGUUUGGUGUAAUAAGGAGAACAAUUUCAAACUUGUCGUUCAAUCGUGUUCAGGCUGAGAACCCUGCAUUGGUAGAUAACCAAUUUGGUUUGUUGACAUUCCGCUAGAUGGCGCUAUAGAAAAUUGUGUAAAUGAACUUUCGGGCUGUGGUGUUCAUUUGCUUAUAAUUGGGUGCAACGAAAAGAAUAGCGCUAAAUUAUUUUUCGGAAGUUUUAUCGAAUCUUUAAAACAGUAUCACACAUUAUAUGAAAGAUGAUUUCUCGUACAAAUCUUAAAUUCGGAAUAUAAAAAAUAUUUUUUUUGGAAGAUUUUUUUUGUAAACUGUUUAUUAUAUUUAAUUCAAAAUAAAUUUGUUCAUCCAUCCCUCAACUCAUUCUCAUGAAACGUCAUAUCUACGUUUAUAAUUCUCGAAAAAAAAACAAACACACGUGUGACAAAAAGAUUUAUCAGAAAGCGGCUGUUGAUUUCAAACGAACCUUGGAUGCACAAGUUGUCAGAAAACCCGGGAAAUUUAUUAUGUUUUCGUACGGUGAUCGGAUGCUGGUAAUGAACGGUUACCGAAGGUUGGAUGAAUGCGUUUAAAAAAAGAAAACAGAGAACUAAUGAUAAGGUUUAUAAAAUAUUUGCGUUCGGCAACAUACGAAGCAAACGAAAAUCAGUUUUUCUCCCGUCUUUUCUCUCUCAGAGACGAGUUCGGUGAGUUCAUCCGAAGAGUUUCAAACUGUUCACUCAUAAUGAAUGUAACGAAUUGCAAACUGGAAUUUGUGGUGUAGAUUUACGCUAAGUAGAAAACAUAAACUUAUAAUGUUGUGUAUUAUGAGCUAUUACCCAUUUUAUCUAUUAACCAUGCCUGCAAAACAAUACAUUGAUCUUUCAUUCACAAUUUCGCUGAGAAAAGUUGAUUUGUUACUUUUGAAAUGAAUCCAACAGCGACGGUGUUGCCGGUGCUCGGCAAUACACGCAGCAAAACAUCUGCGCAUUGCUAGCACGCAUUCCAAAUUCACGUAUAGCAGGAAUGGGUACAUGGAUUCAUUCCUUCAUCAGUCUGCCUUUGACCCGCGCGGAAGGUGAGCACGUCUGGUUGCUGUUCGCGAGUCCGCCAGCUAAAGGAAAACGUUACGCACAAACCCCGUGCAUUGUUGUGUGCGUAUAUUGUUUUGAAAAAAUUGUAUGUUAAUUUUAUGAGAGUACUAUGUUGUUCUUUCAAUAAAGUGGGCUUGUGAAUGUGCGAAAAAAAAAUUAAAAGAAACAAGUGAAAAUUUAGAUUGUGCAUGUUUCUCGUAGUCUGUGAAAGCAGUAACCGCGCAGUAGCGGCAGAAGCAGCGGUACCGGUUAAAUGUUUCUGUGCCAAAACCUGAAAUCUAGUACCAAAACAUAAGUGAAAAAAAGAGUUAUACUGUGAAAGUAUUUGGAAAAAAGUGCCAAGUGAACGAGAAAGAAAAAAGUGAUAGAUAAAAAUAUAUAAGAUUAAUAAAAGUUUUCUCUCUUCCUUACUCAUUUGCUUCUCUUCUCUUAUUGAAUCUCUAUCCUGAAUGAUGAAAAGUUGUGUUGAAAGAUACAAAAAUUGAAUCAAGUGAAGUGUAUGCAUGCGUAUGUAGCGCACACACCACGUGUGAAACGAUGGAAGCAAUUAUCCGUAUAGUCUAUAGCUACAUUUCGCUUUAUCAGACGGAUAAAGCACGAUUGGUGAAGCAGAUGAUAGUGCUUUUGUUGGUGUGAUGUAUGUGAAUGCUUUGUUUGCACCUGUGAGAAGUAGCUAGAAGAUUUACAAAUUCUGUCCUUUACUCGAAGAAGUGGUACAGGCGCACCUUCCUCUAGUGCGCGCAGUUCAUAAAGGCUAAACGAGAAAAAAUCAAGAUUAGCAAAAAAAGAGCAGCCAAAAACAUCAUCAUCGUUAGAGUUUGUGUGCGGUUAAUAUAACGAGCAACCAGAAGUAUUAGUAGAAAAAGGUCAUCACUAAGCCGCUGGUUUUGGGACGCUCGGCAGAAGGCAAUCAUCAUGGUGGAUAUAAGCUCAAUUAUCGAGGGAACUGUCAAGUUUCGGGAUGGAAAAAAGUGGAAAUCACGAUGGUGUGUCAUGCGGAAACUAUCACCAGUUGCAGAUUGCCUUCAUCUGCAGUUGUACCGGGAUUCGAAAGAUCGAUACAAAAAUGGUCAAACAAAGGCAUCACUCUCACUACAGCAUUUUCUUGGCGUGGAGUCAGGCUUCACACUGGACAAGGAGUCCAACACGAUAGCAAUCAUCUGCCAGGAUGUAAUCGUAGUCCUGGCAUUCGAUACCCGCGAAAGACUGAUACAAUGGCAGGUUAAAAUAUCGAACAACCUCGGGGAUGAUCUCCAGUACCUGGUUCUGGUUUCAUCGGCACCACCGAAAGCGAAACUAUCCACCGGACCCGCCCGUAUGCACAUCCAGGACCAUCGCUUCUGCCUCACAACGGGUGUUCCCCCCCGGUUGACAGGGUUAUGGCAAAUCGAGCAUUUGAGACGAUACGGUGUGGUGGACAAUCGGUUUUGCUUUGAGGGUGGCUCAAGUUGUGGGAAAGGCGAAGGACUAUACGUUUUCGUAACUGAUUUGGGUGAGGAAAUUACGCAUACUUUUAAGCUGGCAUCGCAAGGUAAACUUGCCAGUAAAAAGCGGGCCACUGCGAGAAAAAUUGCUGCACUCGACAGUCCACGCAAAGGUGCGGAAUCACGCUCGACGAACUACAACGACGAAAUAUGUACAGUGCACAUCGAAAACUCAAGCUGCACCUGUCGGAAUUCCUACUGGCCGUCAACUGAAUCGCGCGAUCUAGACAGCAACUAUGGUUGUGGCGAUACGGCUUCCGUUUCUGAAUGUCAUGACAGCAUCAAUGAUUUAGAUUCAUUCCCGAGGGGCACGGUGGCCAAUCUAGAGCGGUGUAUGAGUUGCAUUUCGAAGUUGGGAGCACCUUCAAUGUCACGUAGCUCCACCAUUACGGGAACACCUGGUGCUGUCGCUCCGCUUCCAGCAUGGCACAUGUUAACCGAGCACAACAAUCACAUCAACCAAACACAUAAGCUUCCAGCACCACAGCUAGCCCUCGAUCGGAUGUCCCUCUGCUCGCAUGGCAGCAGUAACAACUCCGAAUACUCUAUCCCUCGACAGACAUGUGGUGCAGGCGAUUCAAGUUGGUAUGAAAAGGCCCCAAGUCAACACACAGCACCCAUCUGCGGACACCAUCUACGUUCAACGUCCCCUUGCAGUUGCAGCUGUCCCUCGGUACCCUGUCGUCCUCCGAAACCGAGGGACAUUUCGCUGCACAUAACAGCUCCCAUCCAUACCGCUAUUAGUAUGUCCACCGGCAAGACCCCACAACAACAACAGCAUAGUGUCGGUCCGUAUGAGAAUUAUGAUGUGCCGAAAACCCCAAUCGCAAUUGAAGGUUCAUCUUCAGCGUGCACACCGGGCGAGAAUUACGAUACGCCCAAAAAAAUACAAGAGUACCUGUCAAAGGAAGGCAAAGAGGUGGUAGACGGUGGUAGUAGUUACAGUAACUACGACAUGCCAAUGUCACUAACUAAAGCCGUGUGCAGUUGUCUGUCGGGUGGUGGGGAAGCACCGGUGCAACCACCAAUGAAGGGCCUCGAACGAGUAGACUGUACCUGUCAUCGUGUAAUGUCGUGGGCCGACAAUUGGAUCUCCCUGCCGCUUUGUAAGCGUGGAAACGGUAUCGAAAAUACGACCGUUCAGGUGAACAAAGUAAAGCUGAGCGGUGAGGGUAAAAUGCCCGUUAUGGAUGCCAGUGGCGGUGCUGGUGAUGGUGGUGGAGCCAUUUAUGCGACCGUAGAUAUGACAAAAAAGAUCCGAAAGAAGUUGGAACAGGUGGCGUGUGCGUGCGAUGAACCGCUUGUAACUCAACCACAGGCUAGCGGUCCAAAACAUCUGCCUGCUAGCUGUUACGAUAACUACGAAGAUGUAGAAAUCAAACCAGAUACUGCAGUCAACUAUGCGAAUCUUGAGUUCGAAAGAUCUCUUGAGAACUAUGAAAAUUCCAAAGAGGUGUUGCAAAGAGCAGGGCUGUGCCUAGCAGGAGCUCCAAAUGAUGAGGAAGAACUUCGCGUCUGUCACAAGUGUGGUCACCCGAGUGCGAAAACACCUGAUGCUGAUGAAAAUAGCCGAACGGAAGGUGGUGAACAAACAUCGGUGGAUGAUAAGCAAGAAAACUACAUGAUGAUGGAACCGGGGAACAAGAAGUCCAAGUUCCCUGGAUAUAUUCCAAUGUCUCCGGCUGCUCCAUCGAGUGUGAGUGACCCCGAACCAAUUGAUGGGACCAUUUCUCCCACCGCACCUCCUCUUCCAUCAAAAUCGGAACUUCUGAAGCAACGCAUGAGUCGCAUCAUUGGUGAAAAAUCGGCAAGCAAUCCGAGCCUGUCCGGACCUGCGGUGGAUCGCAGUCGGAAGCGAAUAGACGACGAAUCACGAGUUCCGGGUAGUGCGAUGCUGCGUACUACCCUUGCUAGUCCGUAUGCCCGCAAGCAACUCAUGGAUAGUAGCGACUUGUUACCGACAUGUGGUUCAGAAAAACGACUUUCCCCAAGAAAACGAUCAGCGUCUGCGGAGUCUUCCCGUUUCUUGGACACAGAAGGUGAAGAAAUCGAAAGUCCUCUCAGUGGGACGGCUUCUCCAAGUACGGAGACGUUGCUACGUAAGACACCUACUCCAGCGUCUACGACAGCACUGCGAAGAUCUUCAUCUCCGUGCGUACAUCAGGAGAUGGAAUCGAGUGACAAGACGGCGACAAUGGCAGAACCUGAAGAUGACCUAUCCGCAUCGACUAAUCCUGCCUCGAGUCAGGCCUCACAGUCAGUUUACAUACGGCGAUCAGAAAGUGUACCCUGUAAAGCUCAGAAUCGAGAUAGUUCGAGCUCGAAUGAUUCUGGUGUAUCUACUGGAUCAUUACGACAACGUGGUACCGAUUUUACAGACUUUGAGCUUCCACUUACGACCGCCAUGUCUGCGAGACGACAUCAGCGGCACGUACUACCGACACAAAACUGUGUCCAUGCGUCCUUACCACGUCGUUCCAAAUCAUUCGAUCCACUGCGAGAGCUUUCUUUCCAAUUUCAAAAGGUACGCGUACCGGAAAAGAGCACCUCUGCAGAGGCAGAAGUACCAGUCUGUCCACCGAAAGCUAAGGAUGUAAUGGCAGGUGUUCCUGGUGCACCUUACAUCGACUCACGGAGUACCAGCAGUGGCACGUCCGAUAUGUCCGACUACAUCGAGACACUUUCCCUCUCCAGUCACAGUUCCUCCGAUACGCCUGAAGGCAUGAGACAUAUUCGACAAGCAACCUCAACGUUGAGGCCACGCUCUGGCAAAGAGUACCAAAAUAUAGAUCGCUCAAUACUAUCGCUUACACAAGCGAGUACGGACGCAAUCAAAGUACCAGGCACACCGUCCCAACUGCGUGGAUUACUUUCAUGUUCGGCAAACUAUGCCAAUAUCACGCCCGUGCCGGAGAAUGCCGAAUCACCUAGCCCAGGCUAUCAGAGUGGCACCUCACCGCAGGACGCACAGGGUCAGCAUUUUCUGUUUAAGAACUCGUCAUAAAACCAAAAACGGAGACUACAUAACUAAGGUACUGUACAGAUAAUUUCAUUAUUUUAAGAUUUAAAAACUUACUAGAAAGUGAGUUAAGAAAGGUGGAAUUGUGCAGCAAACAAAGCGCAUAAAGUAAAGCUAAAAACAAUGAACGACAAAACAAAACAACAUUCAAUGAAAGCAAUAACAUUACUAAGCAUAAAUAUUGAUUUUGCAAGUUAGUCUAUAUAUAUACAUAUAUAUAUAUAUAUAUAUAUAUAUAUUACAUAUAUAUAUAUAUAUAGCUGAUAAAUGGAACCUAGGAAAUCAAAAAACACCCUAACCCAAACUAUUCUUGCUGAUGAAAACGGGCAAUUGUACAGGUUUAGUUGCGUGCAAAAAAUGCCUCACAUUUUUGUCUAAAGGAAUUUGCUGCGUUAAAAACAUUUCGCAAUUUCGUUGUCUAAUGUACCACACAUAGCAACUUCCUAUACAUUUGCUCCCCUACUCUGGAUAACUAACGAGCAAAAGUCCCCAUACAAAGUUGAAGUAGCGUUGUAAAGACAGAAAAGACAUAAAAAUUGAUCGCUUACGUUUCAAGCAAACCUGGCCUCGGAAUGAUGUCAAUGGGAGUUGGUAGAAAACAAAAAAUGGAACGGAAAGAAAGCACCCGGAAAAGAACGAAUUGCAGUUGGAACUGUUGUUUGGCUUCUGGCGGUCCUUUCUGCUAUGUCUGUGUUUGAUUGUAAUUAUUUAACCUUCCGAUCCUUGAAGGCAUCACUCUUGUCUUUUUCUUCCUGGAUUACCUGUGCAAUGUUUGCAGGAGGACGGUUUUCCUUUUCCCUAUUGCCUUCACUGGUUCUCAAUGAUGGAGCGCAAACAAUGGAGUAUCCCUACACUCCAAGUGUUUUAGCUUCCCAAAUUUCCGGACAGCGGAAGAAGGGACAAAAAUGGUACAAAAUGGAGACAAUGAAGCGCAAGAAUUGCUUCCUUGUAAGCAGCUUCUCUCGAAUGAAGCAAUAAUAAGUUUCCGAUGAGUGUGUGUCGGGAACGUCCCCCAACAAUGGAUAGAACAUUGGAGUUACAAAUAUACUUUCUUCAUCCAAACGUUGGCAAAUAACAUAUUUUUCUCGUAGAUGUAUUUUCCUGAUAAAACUUUCGAUACGGAAGAAACUGUCAAUCGAUGGAUAGCAAUAAAAUUGUAUCUGUACAUUAUGUUUCCCGUAAUGAUGGCUUCAUAUGAUACCUUUCUACAGGUGAACAUAUUUUUGUAGAUUAAAACAAACAUAACACAGUGGUCUAUGAUAUUGUCCUGGCUUUGCUGCCGGUUUGUUUGUGUCUUGAAGAAGUGAAGAUGGAUCGUGUCUUGACAUGUUGGAUAUUAUUUCAAUAUUUGAACAUUUCUCCGUACAAUGACAACAAGCUGUACAAAUAAGAGAACCGUUGAAAUAAUAAAUCUUUUUAUGCUACAAACAUACAAGAAAAAAAGGGUAAAUAAAGCUUACGAAACAAGGUAGCUGACACAUUUUAAGGGGGUGUAUUUGAAGUUGUAAGCGAUUGAUUCUGUAAAUAUAAAUGAUUACAAGUGAAAUCAAAUUGAUAACAACUAAGAAAUAAAAAAUAACAAAAAAAAACAGAUUCAAGCAAAUCUCAAAGCUGAAAGAGAAAAAACUGACAGAGAAAACAUGCCAAAAAUAAUAGAAAACGUAAUUGAAGUCGAAAGAGAAUUAUAUGUAAACAUAUAAAUGCAUAUAAUAAUAUGUAGAAAAAAGAAACGAACUUGUCAUACUACACAACGGGGAAAGAUUUAAGAAAACAUAUAACGUAACUCAAGUAAGUCAGUUAAAUUUCGUUUCAAUCGAUGGAGAAAAAAAUUGCAAUGUAGAUAAAUGAUAUAUCCGCACGAAACGUCUGCAUCGUAAAUUCAUCCUUUUAAAGGCUCUCUUCCACCCUUCACACUCUUAUAACUACAUCAUGAAAUGUUAAUUUUCUUACAUUGAAAGGUAAUACUUUUUUAUCAGAUACUACUCACGAAAUGACUGAAAUCAUUCAUCAAUAAUUCCACUACAUUGUUCAUAAACAAACAACUACCUUCUCUUUCCUAAUGAUCAGCCUCCACAUUACCCACUCAUUCGCUCGAAUAACAAAAAGAAAAGAAUAUGCCUUAAACUUUAUUCCUAUUUGAAGACUAUCGACUUGGGUUUAGUUAUUCGAAAGUCAUUCGAGAUUAAUGCCUAACGAUUGCUCAUUUUCUUAAAUCUGACGACAUUUGGCAACGAGACGAUUUGGUAGAAAGCUCUUUAUUUAGAUAUGCAGAAAAUUUAAACACAAAUACUCAUGUUUCCUGUAAUAUAUGACUAUCUUUCACAUACCAUGUCCACCAUCACCUCCCCUCCCCCGCCACUCUCUCAACCUUACGCGAACAGUAAUGAAAAUAAUAUAAGAAGUAACUAAUCCCUUAUUUAGUGUUAUUCAAACAAAGGGAUAACUGCUGUAAACCAAAGUUAGCUCAAUUUUAUCGCAACAUGAAACAACAAAACUAUCAAACUUCCGACUACUCCGGCCCAUGACGCUUCUGCUUGAAGACAUCCUGACCGUAGUUACGACUGUGAGGUGUGAAAUGUUGAUUUUUACUAACUUUCACCAACCCACACUGUUUGGAGUGCGUUACAUAUGUGUUUCAAUAAUGCACAUGAGAACAAAACAGACAUUCAAAAUUGAAACCAAAUACAAAAUAUAAAAUAAGAAACAUUUCAGACAUUGUAGAUCAAAGAUUUCAUCGCCGUAAUAGGCAAGUUUUACACAAACACUACCACGCUCGGCCAGGAGGUGUGAAGGGUGGCCCAAUUUAGGGUUGUACAUUUCGAACAAGGUUCUUUCUUUUUUCUACGAAUAUAUGUACACGUAUAUUCUAUACAGGGAAACACAGAUUAAAGAAAACGACAGAAAGAGUGAGAAGAAGGAAUACAACACAUUCAGGACUAAAUCUGUAGUCAAAUCGGAACUCUAUUGGGAAGUUCUUGUAUUGUAUUGUUCCGUCUGAGAGUUAAAGAUAUCGUUAAAACACGAUACGAUUAGGAAGACACACGAGGAUGGUUUGAUCCAUAGUAAACAAAAGUCUUAGUUUAGAAGUACCAUUUUUUCUACCAAUUUACACACGAAUGAAACCCGACCUUGUAUCGGAACACAAAAAAACGUAAGUCAGAAGUUCAUAAAAAAAUCACAUUUAUGGAAGACAACAUUGAAAAGAAUAGAAUAGAGAACAUCUAUAUGUGUAAAGGUGAUUGAAUUAGCAUUUUGACGCAUGUAACAAAUAUCAAUCAGUUUUGCAAAAGACAUUUUUGUGUGUGUGUUGAGUUUAUGUUACGAUGAUCUUUUCCCGGUAAAGUUUUGUCAAAAUAUUUAUUCGAUAAAUUUCAACUAUUUUCAUUCAUUUACUGCUAUAUGCGAAUGUAAACAAAACGAAUGGAGUAUUGAAGCUGUAGGUGUUUUUCUCCGCACCUUUUUGCUAUUUUCAUUGAAGGUAUGCAAGAACGUGUGUGAGUGUUGUAAAUAGAAAGUAUGUAAAACCGAACGGCAUCUAUAUUACCACUAUUUGAGUAUUUACUGGAUUAUUCAAAAACAAAUUAAAAAAUACACAAGCAGCAACAAGAAAUGAGGAAAGAAUCCAACUAACAAGCGCUCCUGGUGCUUAGCUACUUACGCACGUAUAGGAUACAGAAGAUCCCCUAACAUGUACGGGUGCAGAAACUUUGAAUACACCAAAACUGGUAAAUGUGUAGGGCAAUUGUCCUACCUCGCAGCGCGCAUGCAAAACAGUCCAUUUACCAUUUUACCCGAAGUUAAUUUUCACUUCGUUCCACACUUACACGGAGUACACAAAUUGGCAAUGAUGAUGGCUUCCGACAGAAACAUUGCCGGAAAUCCACGUAAUAAGAAAAUCCGGUAGAAAGCGAAAAUACGAAAACAUCAGAUAACACUAUUACAGUCGUAAAGAAGGAAAAAGAAAAGGAAGGAAGAAAAAAUAAGCAAAGUCCAAAAAUAAAGUUUAACGACACUUUCAUGAAACAUAAA